AUGACAACCACAAACAAGCACGUCGUCUUCGACGUCGUAGGAACCUGCGUCUCCUACGACGCCUUCUUCUCCGCAAUCGACUCGCGUCUCGGCCCCAAGCUGCGCACCUACAACAUCAACCCCCGCCUGUUCGGCUACGCGUGGAUGGAAGCCGGCGAAAAAGAAUACACCUACCUGAGUCUCUCAACCCACUACGUCAAAUUCUUCGAUGUUUUCCGCUCCAUCUUCUACCGGACGCUCUGGCAAGCUGGGAUUCUGGACCCACGAGAGUUCGCCACCGAUGAAGACCGCGAAUAUCUCCUUGCAUGGUACCGCGGUUUAAAAGUACGUCCGGGGCUAACAGAAUGUUUCGGAAAGCUUAGAGAUGCGGGGUUCACGGUUUGGGCUCUGACGUCGGGGGAUACGUCCCGAGUGGCUGGAUAUCUUGCUGAAGGUGGAGUGAAAUUUCCAGAGGAUAAUUUUGUCUCCUGUGAUACAAUUGGGGUGGGUAAGCCAGCACCGGAGUCAUAUCGAUAUUUGUUGGAGAAAUUUGAAGGAGAAGGGUCGGUGGCUUGGUUUGCGGCGGCGCAUAUGUGGGAUGCGGCUGCGGCGAAGCGGUGCGGAUUCAAAGGGGCUUGGGUGUCUGUGUGGGAGAAGGAGACAUGUUCAGAUAUCUUUGGGGAGAUGGAUGUGGAGGCGGAUAGUUUGCCUUUGCUGGCCGAGGGGAUUAUUGCAGCUACUGCUGCGAUGGAGACUGACUAG